AAAGUUAUGUGCGUGUAAUUAGCUCCAAAUUCUAUGUAGAAUUUUGUUUUAAUUCAAUAGAAUGAACUGUUUUUUUAAAACAGCUAGAGUUUUCCUGCUUAACAAGCAAAUACAAGCACUAAGACCUUCAGCUGAGGCAUUUUAAAUCGGGAAUGCACAGGUUGUACAUGCUGGGGAACGGGGAGGAGCUGAAAAACUGAAAAAGUUGUUGCAUCCAUACAGAAUCGAAACACCUCCAAGCAAUAUAUAAAUAGCAGGUCUGAACCACAGAGUCCUUCCACACCCAUUCCCAGCACUCUGGACGAGUGUCCCUCCGCCUAGUUCCAAAUGAAAUUAUAACUUUGAAACCAGGAACAAAUGUACCCGUCGGUAGAACUUCAAAGAUGUCGUCUUGUUCAGCUUCAAGCUGGAACCAUACAGUGUCUUCAGCAUCGACAGCUGGGAUCAGAAUCCAGUGGUCUUCAGUUUGCUGCACGUACAGCUUCUCUGAAGAAAAUGCAGAGAUCACAUUUAAUGUGUCCUUGGGAUACCGUGACGACAUGGUCAGUGAGUGGCAAACAAUGGCAUACGCGGAAGAAACUCGGAAGCUCAAAUGUGUCUUUCCCCUUCCAAAAACUAAAGAGAAUGAAGGUAGCUACUAUGAAUGUGAGGUACUUACUUUUAUGGAGAUUGGAACUGUUUCCCACAAAUUCUACCUUAUUAAUAUUCGGCUCCCUGUGCAUGAAAAGAAGGGCAUUAAUGUAGAAAUUGGAGAUAUAAGAGAUAUUCGUGUCGUGGGCAUCCAUCAAAAUGGAGGCUUUACAAAGGUGUGGUUUGCAAUGAAAACCUUCCUUACACCUAGCAUCUUCAUCAUCAUGGUGUGGUACUGGAGACGGAUCACAAUGAUGACACGAGCACCUGUCUUACUAGAAAAAGUUAUCUUUGCUCUUGGGAUCUCCAUGACAUUCAUAAACAUCCCAGUGGAAUGGUUUUCUAUUGGAUUUGACUGGACGUGGAUGUUGCUAUUUGGAGACAUUCGCCAGGGACUCUUCUAUGCUAUGCUUCUGUCAUUUUGGAUCAUCUUUUGUGGAGAGCAUAUGAUGGAUCAGAAUGAACGAAACCGUUUCUCUAGCUACUGGAAACAAGUUGGGCCAAUUGCUAUAGGCGCCUUUUGUCUGUUUGUCUUUGACAUGUGUGAAAGAGGGGUGCAAUUAAAGAAUCCAUUCUACAGUAUCUGGACUACAGAUGUUGGUACAGAAUUGGCCAUGGCAUUUAUUAUCGUUGCUGGGAUCUGUCUCUGUCUCUACUUCUUGUUCCUGUGUUUUAUGGUGUUUCAAGUGUUCCGAAACAUCAGUGGAAAGCAAUCCAGCCUCCCAGCAAUGAAUAAAGCUCGCAGACUUCACUAUGAGGUAAAUAACUGAAGUGGAGAAAAUACC